GUGUAGAGCGGCUUUUCUCUUUGUAGAGUUGGUGACAGGAGAAACGUGGACAUGUUCGGAACAAUAGAAAUAUCUUGGCCUCCAAACUUCCAAGUUUCAUUCCAUCACCACUAUAUGUAAUAGCGUGUUCCGCUUUAUCAAUUGGGUGCUGAAAAUGGAAGGAGAAAGGGUGUUCGAGGAAUUCUCGGCUGGGUAUUACGGCCUCUGUACCGCUGGAGGAAUGCUCAGCGCUGGCAUCACUCAUCUCGCCAUUACUCCUCUCGAUGUCUUGAAGGUUAAUAUGCAGGUGGACCCUCUCAAAUACCGAGGCAUUUCAUCAGGGCUUAUAACACUAUGGAGAGAGCAAGGCCAUUCUGCUCUCUGGAGAGGUUGGUCAGGGAAAUUAUUUGGAUAUGGAGUUCAAGGAGGAUUUAAAUUUGGUCUUUAUGAAUACUUUAAAAGGUCCUAUUCUGAAUUAUUAGUUGAUCAACAAAGGAGUGUUAUAUUCUUCCUCAGCGCUGCAUCAGCUCAAGUAUUUGCUGAUGUGGCCCUCUGUCCCUUUGAAGCUGUCAAAGUUCAGGUCCAAACGCAGCCUCAUUUUGCCAGGGGAUUAACUGACGGAUUUCACAAGUUGUACGUGAAUGAAGGCCUUUCAGGCUUUUACAAGGGACUCUUUCCACUUUGGGGGCGUAAUCUUCCAUUUUCCAUGAUCAUGUUUUCGACAUUUGAGCACUCAGUAGAUCUGAUGUACCGGAAGGUCAUACAGAGAAGGAAGGAAGAUUGCUCAAGAGCUGAGCAACUCGGUGUGACAUGCUUAUCGGGUUAUGCUGCUGGAUCUGUUGGCACUGUAAUAUCUAAUCCCGCUGAUAAUAUUGUCUCGUCUCUUUACAACAAAAAGGCUGAGACAAUUAGACAGGCUAUAAAAGAGAUUGGACUUGUUAAUUUGUUUACGAGAAGUCUUCCUGUUCGAAUAACACUUGUGGGGCCUGUUGUGACUCUGCAAUGGUUUCUCUAUGACACAAUUAAAGUGUUAACUGGACUGCCAACAAGUGGGGGGCUUACUCGACAUGAGAGACAAGGAUCCUAACUUACUCAGACAAUAAAUAACAGCUCCCUCAGAAAGAGUCAUGUGAACUGUGGUGGCCUCAACCACCUUCCUUGGCGUGUUCAGUAGUGUUUGAUGAACUCUUUGUCAUCCUCAAUGGAUUUCCGUCUGGUUGCGACUUGUGAAUGAAGUAAUAUCACUUAUAAGAGAAAAUAGAAAGAAAUGGAUUAUGCGGGUGUUGUGUGAAAAUAUGGACUAUGUAGAUAUAAUUAUUUUUAUUAAGGUGUAAAUUUUUAAAAAUAUCCCUUAAAAAGGAGUAAUUUGAAGGUGUAUGCUAUGCAAAGGAAGUUUUCUGUUUGUUCAAGAGAAUAUUUUUACAGACUGUGAUACUCAUUUAUUUGGGUUCAGAAAAAGAAAAGAAAAGAAAGAUUUUAACUAGUUGGACAUGUCACUAAGGAUCCAUGCCGAGUCCUUUUCACUAAGUAGCUGUUGUCUAACCAAUGGGAGAGGGGUGACUGCAUGUAAAUAUCUUUUUGACUUGUGGUAAUCUAUUUAGUUUGUCGAGGAGGGUUGUAAAUGAGCGUGGGUGGCUACUGGACCAAUAAUUUUGGUUGAAAAAGUUAGGAUGCUGAAGACAGGGUUGAAUAGUCCCCAAUUGACCUUUCCACAGAGUAUUUUAUUUACAAUAUCCAUAAACUAAAUAAUUAAGUAUACACUCUAUUUUUUGUAAAAAUUUACUCAGCGGUCAAUA